UAGAUGCACUCUACAGUCUACAUAUUGGUAUCAUUAGGUUUUUCUUUUUCUGGGAGAACCUGUGUAAGAGAGAGAGAGAGAGAGAGCUAACUCAGGUUUUUGGUGAGCUUUCAAAUGUUCAACAACUAAGGUAGGUUAACUGCAACGUUGACAUUUCUCAAGCAUGUUUCCUUCAAUGCUAUGCUGUUGCCACUCGAAAGACCCAAUAGAAAAUUUUGAGUCAAUUUGAUUUCUUUUUUAUUUUUUCUUAGUUUGGUCUCUCAUUUUCUCCUUCUUCAUGUGCCUAUUGCUUGAUUUUCACAAUGUGAGAGUUGGGUUUAAUCCCAAAACAAACAAAGACUAUAACUUUGUUCAGAUGCAGCACAUAGUUGACACUCUCUCUGAUUAUAAGUUCAAAAUUUAGACAUGGUCUAAUUUGAAUUUGGAAUACCAUAUUCUGAAAAUGUAUUUGAUUCACUUUCAAAUCCGCCAGAGCAAUGGUGCCAGUUCCCCUAUUCUUUCUCCAUAUUCUUCUUCUUCUUCUUCCACCUCAUUACCUUAUAGUUCUAACUACCAGAUACAAUCAGCUCCAUCCCCAGCUUCUUCAUCUGGGAAUAGAAUAAGCCCUGCAAUUCUUUUCAUCAUAGUCAUUUUAGCUGUUGUAUUUUUCAUCUUGGGUCUCCUUCACUUGCUUGUUAGAUUUCUCAUAAAGCACAGGUCUUCAUCAAUUUCUCAGUCCAAUAGAUACGCAGACAUGUCUGAAUCCAAUGCUUACCAGAGACAGUUACAGCAGCUCUUCCAUCUUCAUGAUUCAGGCCUGGACCAGGCUUUCAUAGAUGCUCUACCUGUUUUCUUUUACAAAGAGAUAAUAGGCUUGAAAGAGCCAUUUGAUUGUGCUGUUUGCCUCUGUGAAUUCUUGGAACAAGACAAGUUGAGAUUGCUACCCAUAUGUAAUCAUGCUUUUCACAUUGACUGCAUAGACACAUGGUUGCUGUCUAACUCAACUUGUCCUCUCUGUAGAGGGACUCUUUAUACGCCAGGGUUUGCCCUUGAAAACCCAGUUUUUGACUUUGAAGGUCCACGUGAGGAAGAUGGGGUUUCAGGAAGUGGUGGGGGUGGGGUUGCUGCUGUUAACAAAACCACAGAAAAUCACAUAAUGAAUGGGAAAAGGGUGUUUUCUGUCAGGCUUGGAAAAUUUAGAAGCUCAAAUAAUGGAGAUGUGGUGGAAAGAAGUGAAGGAGAGAGCAGUAAUGGUAAUUUGGAUGUAAGGAGAUGCUAUUCAAUGGGGUCUUUUCAGUAUGUGGUUGCUGAUUCAGAUUUGCGAGUGGCUUUAUGCCCCAAUAGAGGUGAUGGAGGUACAAGUAGCAGUAUGAGACAACUGAAAGGAAGAGCAGCCCCUAAUGAGAGUUCUUGCACUGAUGGGGAUGUUGAGGGCAAAAAAAUCAACAUUGCAAGAAAAGGUGAAAGCUUUUCUGUUUCCAAGAUCUGGCAAUGGUCUAGGAAAGAUAAGUUAACAAGUUCAUUAGAGACCCACUUCAAUAAUUCUACUGUCACUGCAACUUUGCCAUGGAUGAAUAAAGCCAGAGGUACAUGAAGCUACUCAGUAUUUUGUAUUUUAACUACUUUCAUAUUUUCAAUGAAUCCAUUUGUUGAACUCCUGCUUCCUCUCAUACUUUUACCUUCUUCUUUUUUUGUUAGUGAUAAAACUUGUAAAUUA